AUGUCAUCGGGAAUGUAUCACAGACGAUGGGCUAAUGCUGGUAAUGAUGAUAGCAGCUCAACGACAAUUCAGCGCAACGAAAAUGUCACACAAGCUAUUGCGCCGCAUACUUAUGGUACCAGUUGGAAUUCGGUACGCUGGAAUAAACCAUUAGAAAAUGGUAGUGGGACUGGUAGUAAAGGAUAUUGGAAUCGAUCAGUGCCAUUUUUUGAAUCAAUCUCGAAGGAUUAUGAUACCAAGUCAUCUUAUUCGAUGCCCCCAUUAGGCCGUUUCGGCUCACAAACUGUUAGCAAAAAUAACAUCGAACUGAAGAACUCCGGUCUGUAUGUAAGGGAACGUUCCAUAUGUUUUGGAGAUUCGGUAUUAUCAGUGAUGAAUGAUAAAAGAUCAAGCAGGACAUUUCCUCGACUUCCUUGGCUCUCUGAUAACUUGACUAAUCGAAGAAAUGCAAGUUACAAUAAAGUUGCAAGAAAUUUACGAGAAAAUGCUUUCACUGCUAAUAGCAGAUGGGCAUCAACUUCUUCUGCAACUCGAUCCUUUCAAUCAGGAGUACGAAAUAUAGUUCCUGCGUCAUCAUCAUCAUCUUCAUCAUUAGCAACUUCAACAUCACUUCAUGAUAGGCCUUUCUUAAAUAAUAUGUCGCAGACGAUCAACAGCAGUAAUCAUGGGAAUACAGCAGCGCACAAAUCGGAUCGCCCAUGGCGUCGUCGUAUGGCUGAUGCAGCACGUUUACGUAAUGUUCACGGAAAUGAAAUUGCUGGUGCAGUACAUUCAACGCUUACAACAAUACGAGCAUGCCGUAGCAACAUACCAAAUGGGCGCAAUUCUACCAACAGUGGCGAUGAAUUACGAACUUCACUUAAUGCAUUGAAAAAUUAUAUAGAUGAACAAACUACGAGUUUUUAUCGACAGAAUAAUCGAUUCUCAGUACGCGAUUGUUCAAUAUUCAGCGAUAAGUCAUCUCUUGAUAAUUCUAUGAUAUCCGUUAAACAACAUACUCCCACUCGUGGUUUGUACUCUAGCCGAUGGAAUUCAGGACGAUUUCCAGAAUACAUGUCAAGAAGUCAUUCACCGAUUCGACCAAGGCCAAGUGCAUAUAAUAAUGCAAAGCUGUCUAAAUAUAAUUCUAUUUCAACGGAUAUGUUAUUGCGACCGUUGCGCUCCACGCAACAAUCUAAUGUAAAUAAUAUGUAUGAAAAUGUCAAAUCACAUGUAUUCGAUCAAGUUAUUCGAAAUUCACCGAUACCAGAAAGUAUUUGUGAGCGUGAAUCAAAUGAUCGAUUAUUAUCCAAUAAAAGAAGAACAUUGCGUCAUCAAUCACGGCAGCGUAAAUUAAGCGUGGAAUCAAAUUCGUCAUCUGAUACUGAACAGCAACAACAACAACAACAACAACAGCAACAGACUGAGGUGCGUAAACGGAAGUUACGAAAACGACUUAGGAGAAAAUCUAGCAGUAAAGACGGAUCUGAGAGCAAACAGUCACAAACAGGUACAGAAAAAGGAAUGAUGAAAACUGAUAACGAGAUAAGCGUGAAAAUUGAUAUUCAAAAAGAAAAUGUUGCUAAGGCAAAGAAAAUGCAACGAAAUCAAAUUUUGAACAAUUCACAGGCAUCAUCUUUGAUAACUUUUCCGGCAACAUGCAAUGAAGAAUCAGAACUGAGAAUAAAAUCAACAGAAUUCGAUCAAGCUCGGCUUAAAAAAAUUGACAAGGAAAGGGAAGAUAAGAUGAUAAAAGAGGAGUUAAAAGGGUUUGUAAAAAGGAGAAAAUCAACAGAUAAAUGUGAUAGCACAGCAAAUUAUAUCAAUCAUAAAAAAGAAACGAUGAAUGCAAUUGUUGAAAAAAAGAAAGAAUGUAAUGAAAUACCGAUGGGAAUGCUGAAAAUGCUAAAUAUCGAUGUGAAAUUGACAGAUGGAAGGGAAAAAUCACGUUUGGAUCAACUUUCGCCAUCAUUUCGGCUCUUAUCACCGAAAACACCUUCGUCAUCAAAUAGCUCACCGAGAAAUGCAACUAUGGACAUAUCAAUUAAUAAUCACCUUGAAGCUAACGAAAAGUGUCACGAUGAUUUAGCUCAUCAAUUCGAUUCUCCAGACAAAACAAAACAUUCGAAAUCAAAAUCUCCAGCAGUACCUGUGCCAGGUACUUGGAAUGGUCCUGAUUAUCAUGAAAUGAAUAUUAGCCAUAACAAACGAUUGCAACGGCACGAAACAUGCAGCAAUGAGAAAGUGCUUGGGGUCAUCAUCAUGAAGUACAUCUCAUGCACAGUACCAGCAACAACCAUUUGUGCAACUAAAUUAAAAUCUCGUCGACCAGUCGAAAUUACAUUAAAUUGUGCAUUUCAGCCAUUAAUUGAAAACAACGAAAAAAUUUCUUCCACUCAGAAAUAUUCCAGAUUUAUCAAAGUGGACAAAAAAUUGUUAGCAACAACUAAUGCUACGAUUAAAUUUGAUGGAUCGUUUACACCUCAAAAACGAUCAACAAAAGGCAUGGUUGAUAAAAUUAUUGAAAUUAAAAGAAAACAUAUCACAUUUUCAAUGGUGAUAAAAGAGCCAACGAUACGAACGAUUACCAUUCGAGAGGUGAUAUGCAAAAAGUCAGAUGGACGAAAUUCAUGUCGAGCUCAGGUGACAGUUAUCGCUUCACUUAUUGCCGACGUGAACUUCUAUCGAUGUCUGAAACGUGUGCAAAUUACACAUUCUAAACGUUAUCCUACAUCCAUCGAAAACAUCACUAAACAAGCAUUCAUUGUUGACAAGAACAAUACGAUAUUGUCGGAAAAUGACGAAUUUAUACUUUCGAAUCAUUCCUCACUUAAAAAACAUGUAAAUUAUAAAUGUAAGAAAUUGAAACGUAUACACAGUGAACCAGCGGAAUUGGAUAGUCGAGAAUUAUCAUGUCCAUUACCAGUUUCCGAGAUAAUGCGAGCAUGCGCUGUUCGAAUAUUGGAACCAACAUGUCAAGUACCAUAUAUCACAGCACCAAGUCGUUCACGUUUGGGUAGCGUUGAAGUGGAAACUGUUGCAAAACCGAUACGAACGUACGGCGAACAAUUGUUGUCCACAAAUUAUCAUGGAAUGAAAAACUUAGCAGCUGACAGAUCAGAAUGUUCGACGUCAUUAACGAAGCCAUUUUUUGAAUUUGAUGUUGCAAUGUCACCAUUCGAACAACGAUUACAAAAUCAAGCAUUAAAACUUCGUAAAAUAUCAACCUUCUCUGAUGGUGAUAUUCCAGCUGUACAGGAUAUACCAACUGUGAACGUAACGAUGCAACUUCCACUCCAUGACCAUAGCAGACAUUCAUCUGUUGAAGGUUCGUCUUUAACGUCAAAUUUCACAGCUGCGGUAGCAGCAGCGGCGCAACCACGGCAUGAACGUUAUGCGGCACAUAUACCGGUUAAACGAGUUGACGGAAGUGGACGUCAAUCAACAACAAGCAUCGAUUCUUACAACAGUGGUACUUUGGAAACAACAACAUUGCAAUUGGAUCAGAUGAUUGAUCAGGCUCGAUAUAGGCAUAAUCAGCAUAGAAAUAAAUUUAAAGAAGCCAUCGAUUAUUUGGAUCAAAUAUUCGAAGAUCUCAAUAAAGAGGAUGAUCAGAUAAAUAACACGCAACGAUCACGUGGAAUUGCUAUAGCAUCAACACGUAAAGAAAUUUCAAAGAAUGGUACAAAUUUAAUGAAUGCCGCUGUAUCAUCACCAUCAGUAAAGCUACAGCAACGCAAUGGGAAUUACUGUAGUAAUGAUAAGCAAACGGCUGCCAAUAUUGUCGGACUAGAAGAGAUGGAUUCUGUUGCAACUACCAAUAGGCAUAUUAAUAGAUAUUCAUUAUAUGAAUCCAAGCCACGGGUUACUAAAAAGCCUUGUGUACGAGAAAAAGCUGCAUCAUUUGAACAGACAUCAGAUGAUGUUGAAAUUUCGGAGAUAGUUGUGCUACCGUUACAAAAUCGUAAACUUAAAGGUGAAAGGAUGGAUUUCACUAGGAGAUGGCUCACUGGAGAUAUUAAAUCAUGGAUUACUGUUCAACCAAAACCUGAUUUAAUUCUUGAUGGAGUUCAAGAGGAACCUGAUAUUGAUGAAUGUUCGCUUGGAAGUUGUUCAGCGGAAGUGGCAGCAAUUAAUUCAGUUGACCGGAAGAAGAAAAAAGCUCGAGAUGUACCGGAUCUUAUUCAGAAUGUUGCUCCCAAAGUUAAAUAUGUGAGACAGCAGUCAACUGGUCAUCGGAUGGAUUAUCAUUCCACACGUAAAUAUAGUGGUGGUAGUGGUAAUGGUCAGUAUGUCCAACAGACCGAUCCAAUUAAACCGUUACCAAUAAAAGCGCAUCAUACGUUCAAUUUCUCAACCGGAAGCGCUGGCAAUUUGCAUAAUUUUAACAAUUUUUCUCAAUCAUUUCAUGAUAAUAACGUUUGGGCAAGUAAUCAUGAUGUAAAUAGUAAUCAAAUUCCAUUGGAAAGAAUUCCAUCACAUAGUCGAUUAUUAGAGCAAAGAAAUCGUGAUUUCAGUACGGUAUCAUGGAGAUCUGCAUCUCAUGAUUCGCGUUAUAAUACAUUGAGUAGUGCUCGAUCGGAAGAAGUGCAACUUUCUACACGGAAAACAGGUGCAUUUACACCGGUACAACAACCAAACAUUCUAACAGUACGUGGUUCAGUGGCCAGUUUACCGGAUUCAUCGAAAUUUCGAUCUCAGCUUCCGCAUAGCUCAGAUCCAACCGUAACGAUUGAUGCAUUAGUUGCGGAAUUGGAAUUGAACACCGAUCAGACGUCAGUAGCUAGCAAGCGGCGUUCGUUUCCUACUGGAAAUGAAUUUUUUGUGCGUCAUACUGAUAAUUACGAGAAACCGAUCAGUAGCCAACAAGUGGAGCAUAAUAAUAUUCAAAUAGCUGCUAAAACAAAAUCGGAGUACAAUAUUAAUCGUAUGCAGCAACAACAGCCUCAGAAACCAAAAGAUUCAUUUGGUGAGAUGGCAAAUAUGUUGCAAAGUGUCAUCAAUGAUGUCACAACGUCAAAUGAACUAUCCAAAGGUCGUAAGUAUGUGCAUGCACCUGCAAAGCGUUGUGGUAUUUUUACCAGUUACAAUGAUAAUACUCAAUCAACUACAAAUGUUAAAGAUGAUGAAAAUUACUAUGAAAUCAAUGAUUUUGUUGUUCUUCGAAAAGAGUUCAUUCCUGCAUCCGCAAAAUCAUUAGGAAAGCAAUUCUCUUCAGCAAUUCCUCCAAAUUCUCAAUCCAAACGAUAUCUUCCUUCAGUAGCAGUACCAUCACGAUCUGAGUUCAUUCCAGCAUUUCCAGUAACUCAUCCACCAUCUCGUCCACCAGAUUCUAGAAAUUCUUCUCAAAUAGAUGGUUACUAUUCUUCUGGUUCAUCAUUAGGUGCGCAAUCAUCGUAUACAUUGUCAAAAAAUCAUCAUUCAUCGAUACCAAUAAAUUCACCUGGUAAUCGAGAAAUGAUGGUAUCUGGCAAGCAAUCAAUUUCCUCUCAGGAAAUUAAUUUGAAUGGGGAAGAUGAUGGCUUCUAUGAUAAUAUUCAGGCGGAUGAGAAGCGUUUUUCACGUGCUAGUGAACUUGACAAUGUUUCGACAUACAGUCAUCAAAUACUAUCAACUACUAUCAGUAAACCAUCUGGUCCGGUUAAAAAAAGCAGUCGAAUUAGUCAUUUCUUACGGAAAAUCAAUGCAUCAAAACCACCAAUCAGUGCUGCUUCAUUGGUAUCACUCAAUAAGGUUGCAAGUGAAAUAAUGCCAACUAAACCGGUACCAUUGAUGAAGAGUAAUAGUUUGAAUCAUUGUCAAGGUAAAAAACAACAUAUUAUACAAAAUAUGAACACUAUCACAUCCUCCUCUGUCAAAUUAACUGAUUCAACCAUAACGGACAAACGUGCUGGAUUGGGUCAGCGUCUGAAAAAUUCCAUAUUUGGAAAUAAAAAGCGCUUGAACUGA